CCUCCCCGUUUCUGCGCUGCCCCACCAUGCUUGGAGAUCACAGCAGCCUCCCCACAGACCGAGCUCUGCUCAGCCAGCCCCCCAAAACUGGACUCAGCUGCAAAAUGGUGCUUCAGGCUGUUGGCAAAGUGCUCAGGAAGUCUAAAGCAAAGCCCAAUGGAAAGAAGCCUGCUACAGAAGAGAAGAAGAUGUACCUGGAACCAGAGUACACCAAGUCCAGAAUCACUGACGUCGGCUUUAAGGAGCUGGUGGUACUGCCCCGGGAGAUCGACCUGAACGAGUGGCUGGCAAGCAACACCACCACAUUUUUCCACCACGUCAACCUGCAGUACAGCACCAUCUCAGAGUUCUGCACAGGGGAGGCAUGCCAGACGAUGGCCGUGUGCAACACACAGUACUACUGGUACGAUGAGCGGGGGAAGAAGGUCAAGUGCACUGCUCCCCAGUACGUCGAUUUUGUCAUGAGCUCCGUGCAGAAGCUGGUGACUGACGAGGAUGUGUUCCCCACGAAAUAUGGCAGAGAAUUCCCCAGCUCCUUUGAGUCUCUGGUGAAGAAGAUCUGCAAGUACCUGUUCCACGUGCUGGCACACAUCUACUGGUCCCACUUCAAGGAGACCCUGGCCCUUGAGCUCCAUGGACACUUGAACACACUCUAUGUCCAUUUCAUCCUCUUCGCCAGGGAGUUCAACUUGCUCGACCCCAAAGAGACCGCCGUCAUGGACGACCUCACGGAGGGUCCUGCACUGUCUUCCUGACUCCUCCCUGCACCAGAGUACCUCCCCUGCUGGCUGCACACUGGUUAGUUGGGGGCAACUUUAAAAUUAUUUUGUGCUUGAACCAAUCUCCACCCCAUUGACUCAGUCCCUGGACAUGGAGGGCAGACAUCAGAAUUGUUUUAACAUGGCUUUAACUUACACCAUUCUAGAAAGUUCCACCUGUAUUGUCUGCUGAAUUCACGCAUGCUCUGAACCACUGAGAAAUUUUGCCUGCCCUGCAAGAAGUCUCCUGGGCCCUGCUGUACCCCUCAGGGCCUGCUGCUGUCCCACCGGAGCUCAUGCCUUUGUCCCUGUCUGGUCAGGAGCCCAGGUUAGUGGGGAAGCAUGCUCCCCUCUGUCCCUCAGUCACUGGACACACCCCACAGCAUCCAGACCUUGCCAUCCUGUGAGGCCUGACCUCUCCCACUGAGGCUAGCAGAUGUUAACUACCAAAGGGUUGGGCUUCUCUGACUGGGCAUAGCCCCACUACCCCUCUACUGCUUCCCAAAACCCUGCGGCUGCCUCUGGGGCCAGCAGGAGAUCAUAGCCCCUCCUGAGCAAGGCCUGGGUCUCAUUAUGACCUCAGCCUGUUGGGCUGUGCCCUGGCCCCUCCCACUGCAUCACCCCCAGGUCUUUCUGCUUCUCUAGGCAUCUGUACCCUAAGUAGAGGCCUCAGGAACUUGACCACAGCCUGGGUGUGGGAGCCAGAGGUAGGGGUCUUUCUCGACCUGGGCCCCAGGAACACCUCCUGGGGGAAGGCAGAAGGCAGAGCAGGGCCUGACUCCACCUGCUCUUCUGCCCAGAAUCCCAGGCUGGGGGUAAGGAAUAGACCCUGUGUCCAGUGCGUGUCUGGGAGUGGGGCCUGGCUACUGGGCGUAGGCCUGAAGUGGGAAGGUGGCAAGGCUGGGCCUGAGCAGUCUGGGUCCUUGUCACUGGCCAGGGUGGGCACUGCCCGUGCCAGGAGGACAUGGGGAUUUCCAGCUCAAGCUGCUGGAUGGAGUCUGAGAUUGUGUGUAUGCGUGUGUGUGUGCGCGUGCACACGUGGAUGACCUCUAUAUCUGCAGAAAGGUGUCCAGGACACAUGGUCAUAUUUCUUUAACUUAGGAAGGAGUUGUGUAAUCCCUGAGCACAUGGGGUUCUGGGUACGGCACUGGUCACCAGGCCUCAAAAGGUCUCCCAGGAAGGGGCAGGCAGCCAGGAUGAGGGCCAGCCUGCACAUCUCUGAGGGUGAGGGCGAUGCCCUGUGCUCUCCACCAGCCGGCUAGCUCUUUGCUGCAAGAGCCAGAGCAUCAUGGCCAUCUUGGGCUGUGGAAGAGGAAGGAAAUGCUUUUUCCUUCUUGAGCCUCAAGAAGAACCAGCCCCCCCCCCCCAAAAAAAAAAGAACCAGCCCUGCUGACACCUAGAUGGUUGCCCCGUGAGAUCCACUUCAGAUAUCUGACUUCCAGAACUGUGAAAUAAGCCACGGUUGUGGUGCCCUGCCACAGCAGUGACUGGGAAUGAAUGCAGACUGUGUUCCCAGGGGUGGGGUGCCCUGCAGCAAAUACCUGUGGAUGGACCAGUGGCCGUGGGCGGAGGCUGGGAGAGUUUUGCAGGGCACAGUAGAAAAAGCCCAUGUGGGACGCUGGAUGGCACAGUGGUUAGGCGUCUGCCUUUGGUCCAGAGUGUGUUCCUGGAGUCCCGUGAUCAAGUCCCACAUUGAGCUCCCUGGAUGGAGCCUGCUUCUCUUUCUGCCUAUGUCUCUGCCUCCCUCUGUGUCUCUCAUGAAUAAAUAAAAUUGAAAAGAAAAGAAAAAAACCCAAGUUUUCUGAAGUAGGUGAUCGGUAGGAAUUACGGGUGUUGAGGAUGCCCCUACCAAAAACUCACAUGUAAGGAGGGGCUGCGCAGAGGAGAACUGGCAAAUUGCUUUGAGGCGUGCCUGAAACCACCACGAGCAUCUAUCUGUAGAAGCAGGAAUGUGUCAGGCACUGCUGGGGAGGGCACAGAGAAGUGAGGACCAUGUCCGUAGGCAUGGAGGAUAGGGGACCGUCAACCUGCAGUGUCACAUG